AUGUCCCAUAGUGUCUCCCGUGGCCUUUCAGUGCUGACAUAUCCCAGGGUGUUCUCCAAGCCAGACCCACCCCAGUCUGAAAAGACCCAGCCAGAAGGGACAGGGCUCCAAGGGCUGUGUGCCAAGCCAAGUCAGGAAUCCAGGCCUGGGGUUCCCCAAGCAAGGCCAGCAGAGGGGGCAAGUCCUCAGAAAAAGAGGCGCUGUCUUCCCGGAACAGAGCUCCCCUGGAGUCCUGCCCUCAGCCCCAGCUUCACGCGCACCGCCUCCCGGGGCACCCACUUGGAGAGAGCUCGGCUGGCCCUCCGGGCCCGAUCGUCUCCCUCCGCUCACUGUUCCUGGGCCGUUUGCUUCCAGUGUCCAGGCACUGCCUUUCCCACCGUCAGCCGAGGAGGAGGAGUUCCUGCCUAUGUUCUGCCCUGGGCCUCUGGGAGGGGAGUGGGCUGGCAGGGUCUGAGGGGUCGGGAGGGUCUCCCGGUGUCAUGUGACAGCUCGACACGCUCAAGCCUCUGGAGCCUGUCCCGGGACUGUGUCUUGGGCAUAGGGAGGGAAGGGACAGACAUCAUGAGGCUGCUCUGGCAAGGCCUGGGGUCUUCAGUCACCUGCCCCCUUACACCACUACCACCGCCUGCCACGUGCAUGAGGGAAUCAGGAGUCUUCACCUACCCACACUUUCCCAAGAGUCUCCUCUAA